CAUUGUGGCGGGUUAAGCUCAGAGUGGGCCAAAGAUGUCUUUCUCUUUAUUGGUCAAUCCAGGUUUGAGGCCUUUCUCAGGUGAUGGGCCCCCCUUCUCAAAAUGGUUCACACAGGGUUCCUCCCAACAGAAAAUGAAGCAUUUGACUUCAUCUUAGGAUUUCUAAAGUCUAAAAAACAGGAUGAAUCCACAAAGAUGACGUUCUUGAGCUCUGUGAGCAUCCUCUGCAGUGCUGUGCAGAGUCAGAAGCACCGCAACAUGGAUUACUACUGCAGUAAAGCCAUGUUGGCAGAGAGAGUGGAGGUGAGGACACCCUUGGGGGAGAGAGGUGGGGAGGUUUUAUCUCUUCUCAAAGUCAGUCACCAAAGGUUUGGGAGCAGUGGGAGCCAUUCCUGGGCCAGAUGUGGCAGUGUAGGGAGUGGGACAAGUCUUGGAGGGGAGUUCUGGGCUGUCUGUUCCUCCCGGACCUUUCAGAUGUUGAUGCUUGAAGAGCCUGCUGAUAUGAUGAGCAGUUCUCUGAGACAACAAGCCAUGUUCUGCAUCAUGGAAAUGAGCCAGGUGAACCCAAAGUUCCAGCCCUUACAAAGAAUGGAGUUGAUACAGUCAGGUAUUCUCAGUCUGAUUUCCUUGCCCCACAACAUGGAGGCUGACACCAACAGGGAGAUCAUUAGUCUAUACAGCCGGACUGUUCGGGCCUUGGAUGAAAUGUUGCAAGGACUAAUGACUGAAACUGAGAACCCCAGCAUGCUGGUGUUUAUUGAAAUCAUGGAGAUGCUCAUGCCCUGGAUCUUGUCCAAUAAGAUCUUUGAGGAAGUCCGGGCUUUGAGAACUCUUUCCCAACAAUUGAGAUUCAUUAGCAGCUUUCCUGUACUAAGACACCUGGAAAAUUUCAAGAUUGGUGGGAACUUGAUGGGCAUCUUGGGCCUCGUCUGUAUGGACAGUAACUAUGAAGUCAGCACAUGGGCCUCAGUAGCACUCCAUUACUGCUUCAAAUUCUUUGUGAACCAGAGGCAAUCGGUUCUGAAGAAUGAGGAAGAAAGGCGCAGACUCCUAAAAAACUUGCAGAAGAAUUUCCAAGCAGAUUGGACCACCAGCCUGCAGUAUAUUGUUAUGUUCUUCAAGAUAUUUCUGAACCCCGAUGAGAGGACAACCAUUUUUACAUUGUGUGUGAAUGCCAUGACUGCUGGUAGCAGGUAUAACACCUGGGCAGCUGUUCAGAUGUUGGAGAUGAUCAUAGAUGAGCCUCUUCCUGAACUCAGCAAGGUGCCAGAACUGAUCGAGACUAUUCACAGCAAUCUGAACUACAUAAAAGAUUCCAGUGCCAUUCAAAUCAUUGAGAAGACUCUUCAAGAACUAGCCCAUAAGUAUCCUGAUGAGGUCAUACUAAUGUUGAUCACCAUCCAAGAUAAUGUACAAAAUCGAGAGCUGUGGAAGAUCCUGGCAGCCUCCUCCAGUGGCUAUGCUACCAUCCUGAGUCAUCUGCUGAAGAGGCUGUCUUUUCAGGAUCCCAAGGAGCCCACUCAAUCUUUGGAGAUCAGCUCCGUGCUGGCCAGCAGGGCUCUCAAUGAGCUGCUUUUGCAAUCCAGUUCCAAGUUAGAGGUGGAGACCCUCUACCCUUGGCUGUACAUGGCCCUCCUGUCCCUGAUCUCCUUCCUCGUGUUUGAAGGGGGCAGCAAGACCUUUGACAAGCAGCCAGGGCUGCCUGAAGGGAUGAGCCCUGUGAGCUGUGUCAUUGAGUCCCUGAAGACCUUGAUCUCUUCAGCUGGGUAUGAGUACCAGGUGUCUUUCAUGCAGAAUUACAGGACCUGGGAGCUGCUGACUGAGCCAGAGGGAUACCUGGAGGGAAUCUCCAUAUUAGCCAAGUCUAUGACCAUGAGGAGCUGCUGGCACAUUCGCCCUAUUGUUAGUCUCAUCUUAAACAUCCUCAGCGGGAAUGAAGUUGGGAGUUUCGUUACCGCCUUGGCUGUCUUCGCUGAGCUUCUCCGGAGCACAGAGGUGGCGAUCAUGGCAGACGAAGCCAUCAUUGAGAUCCUCAUAAAUUUGGUCCAAGAAGAUAAGCCAGUGAUCCAGCAGCUAGUGCUAAAGGCAGCGGGGAACCUUGGGAUCCAUAAGGAAACGACCAAGUUCCUCCGCAUGCUGCAGCCCUAUGUACUGAACUGCUGCUAUUCCAUGAACUCCAGCGUGGUGGCAGAAGCCUUCUUAUCUCUGAGGUACAUCAUCUACAACCUCACCUGGACCGACUCUGUGGUACUGCUUGUCGAGAUCUCUUGCACUCUGCGGCCCUUCUUUGAUGAUGAGUCAGAGGAGCUUCGCUAUAAUUCAAUUGACAUGUUUAGUGCCCUCUUGGCCAAGGUGAAACGGAGGUUCCUGAUGGUUCCCUUCAGGUACCAGGUCCAUUGCAGCCUGGUUCCUCUGAUGUUCCACCUGCAGGAUGAGAACACCAGUGUGGCCCACGUCAGCAGGGAUGGCCUCUGCCAUUCUGCCAAAAUUCUGGUCUGCCCACGGUUAAAGUCAGUGUGCAGCACUAAAGACAUGUACUCCAUCGGGAGUAUCCUACUGGAGGAGCAAAAGGACAAGAUCCCCUGGUUUCUGAGCCAGAGCCUCAGCUACUUCCAUAACACCCAGUCCAGCAUCCGACAAGCAGCUGUGUGGUUGACAAGCCAGAUUAUCCAGAUCAAGGCCAUGGAAAAUGAGGAGGAACUUCAGGAAGUCUAUUCAGCCCUGAAGCGCCUGAAAAAUGACCCAGACCCAGCUGUCGCUUGCUUGGCGACCCAGACCAUCUACCUCCUGGAGGUCAAGAAGAUUCAACCAAGACCUCUCCAGCACAUAGCUAAUUAUAUUUGCUGUUGGUUCAAAAGAAAACAGUUGAAAUACUGAACUAGAGGCCCAGCCACAAUGGACUUCUCUUCUCUGCGGCCAUGCCCCACACCUAGACUGCCCUCCUUUUUCACCUCUCAUCCCUAACUGCCUUCACAAGUGCCCAGGCCGUCUCCCCUGACCAUCUGCCUUUCCGAUGUUGAUGUUGUUCCCUCACUGUCUUCAUAUUACCUUACAUUUGCUUCUCUGUGUACAUGUCUGGAGUCAGGAAGGCCUGAGUUAAAAUUUGGCCUCAGGCACUUACCAACUUUGUGA